GGCCGCAACAAUAGUAUGGAAUGGCUGGCUGUGUGUUUACGAACUGUUUAUGAAAAAAAGAAAAAACCGCAUCGGCGCCCCAGCGCCCCCAAAGCGCAACUGAGAACCGUGUCUUUUAGUUGUUUUCGAGCAUGUGCAGAAGACAGAACGAGACGCUUGCAGAAAAGAAUGACUGCGCUUUAUCUUCACGAAGAUGUAAAGGAACUUUUGGCGGGGAAAACUUUAGUUGUUCUUGGGGAUUCAGUGGAACGCUCUGUUUAUAAAGAUUUGGUUUGUCUUUUACAAGAAAACAGAUAUCUAACAGAUGGUGAACUGCGAAAAAAAGGUGAAGAAAGCUUCAUCGGAGAUGAAUUAGUAUAUGGUGGCGUUAAAGGAGAGCUGAAAAACUCGAUUAAUUACAGAGAAUGUCGUUAUUACAAGGCUGAUAACGAAGCAUGUUGUCGAUACUAUUUUGUUACGAUAUGUUACGGUGAUUACGUUGAAGAAAUUUUGCAAGAACUCAGUUUGGAGCCCACGGAUAUUAUUGUUAUGAACUCUUGUUUGUGGGAUGUACACAGACAUGGUAAAAAAGGUAUUGAAAAAUACGAGGAAAACCUUGAAAAAUUAGUAGCUUCGUUAAGACGACUACUACCAGACUGUUUGUUUAUAUGGUUGACUACGCCACCUGUUCAUAUUAAAUCGAAAGGCGGCUUUUUGAUCCGCCCUGGUGUUGAUACUGUCAAAAUACAAGAAGUGAAAUAUUGUAAUGAAAUUGCUCGAGAAGUGUUCACUGCUGCAAAUGAGAUCGAUCGAAGAUUUCGAAUUGUUGAUUUAGAUUAUGUGUUUCAGUACUUCGCGCAUCAUAGGGCAGGGGAUGGAGUGCAUUGGAAUGAGAGAGCUCAUCGACGAAUGAGUAACAUGAUUCUUGAAGAGAUAUCGAAAGCAUUUAAUAAAAGUGUUCCGCGUAUUCUAGGCAGUGACGAAUUUAUGUGGAAUGGAAGUCGGACUGAACAUAAUGCUUACUAUGAGCCUCCUCCACCUUACAGCCAAUGGGAUGAUCCUGAGCGUCUUGGCUGGGACUACGAGCAAAGGUUUCAUGAUAAUGGAUGGGAUUUUGAUAAAAUGCGAAGACCCCUUCCUCCACCGAGAGGUUAUCCGUUUGGACCUCCGCCUCCCCCUGGUCCGUUUGGUCCUCCUAGUCUGAUUCCUAGACCAUUUAUGGAAGAUCCACGCUCAAUCAUGCCGAAUAUGUUCGAUGAUUUAGACGAUCUUGGUCAUGCGCGUCUUCAAGUGGAAUCCCAGAUUGAAAAUCGCAAACGAAAGCGAACUGAAGAGGACGACAACGAUGAUGAGAAACUUCCGGAGAAGCAAUAUCGCUUUGGCGUUGCGCCAAGCGCGGUCAAACGAAAAGCUGAACCUAUCGAAAACGAAACGAAAAAGAUUAAGAUUAUUGAAGAGGAAGGAGUUAUGAAAAAGGUUGUUACCUUAGAAGAUAGCGUUAUUUAUUCUCCAAUGAGCGAAAAAGAAAAAACUGCAUACUUGAAAGCACAAGCUGAAAAGGCUGAAAAAGAAAGAUUAGCUAAGGAAAGAAAAGAAAAGGAGGAGAAACAACGUGCUGAACGUCUUGAGCGUGAACGAUUACAAAAACUUAAGAAAGAGGAGGAGGAAUCGGCUGCGGCAGCAGAUGAAGAGAAAAAGAGGACUGAGUCGACAGCUGACGAAAAACCAGCAAUAUCUCCUAAGGAAAAAGCUGAAACGAAGUAUCCUAAACUUGAAGAAGUUUUGCCUAGCGUUUCAAAACUACCACUAGUGUCGUCUGUACCUAAAUCAACAGAAGAGCAGACGGAAAAAGAAACGAAGAAUGAGAAAAAGCAAGGCGGAUUAUCUAAAUUCGCUUCUAAACUACUAUCAUUUAUCAGGAGGCCAUCAUGUGAAAAAACUAACAGUGACAACGUAAACCAAUCGAAAUCUGUGCGUAGGUUAAGUAGUCAGGAAGAUAAGGUAAUUUCCCCAACAAAAACAACGCCUCUAAGAAGACGUGUGUAUGAAGUGAUACCUCUGGGAGAACUUGCAGCUAAAGUUCUUUUGCAGAAUGAAUCGAAUUCGAAGUCUAACCAGUCGACACACGAACAAUUAAAUAAGCUAACGAAAACUAACAGGCAGGUGGAGUGUGAUCGUACCAGUCACGUGGAAGAAGGUGAUGCUGGUAACAUUUCGACAUCUUCGGUCUCUAUCGUUUUCUCUACAACUGUUCCAACAGGAUCAACGACUGUUUUCACGACAACGACAACAACCACACCUGCUAUACCGAAGAAAGUUGACACGUUAGCAUUACUCUCCUUGCAAUCUCCCUUCGCUAAAACAAAAUCUAAUGCUGCCUUAGUUGAUACAGAUAAAAAUACAAACGCUGAGAAGAGCAGUGUUGAUAAACAAAACAGCAAGACGGAGGAACAGCUUGAGCAAGAAUUACUUCACGAUUCUAAACUUCAUGAGACAGAUGUUAUUAAUUCAACUCUCGAAAAUCAGUCUAGUAAAGACGGGACUAAUAAUACCCUUACGAUAAACAAAAUAGACCAAAAGGAAGGACCUUCUGCGUCUAGUGAGAAAGAACCAAGAACGGAAACAGUAAAAACAACAUCUGAAUCAACUGAAAGUUCAGAUAAAAAGAUCCAAAAAUGUCAAGGUGAAGGAUCGGUAAAGAAAAAGAAGAAGAAAGAUAAACAUGCCGAUGAAACGAAAGAAGAAAGACAAGUAAGAAAACAAAAGAAGAGAGAAAAGAAGAAAUUAAAGGAAGAGAAUAAACAACGCAAACUUUUAGCAGCUCAAAAUGCCGAAGCGUAUCAACAAAAUAUUAACUGGAACGUUCCUUUACGUCAGCAUAACGUUAAUUCUCUUCCGAGACAACGUAGUGCGACAUGGACGCCAUCAUACUUUCAUGCAUACCAAAACAGUGGACAUAACACCCAACAACCCACAGUUCAGAGACAACAACAGCCAACACCUCAACAGCAAGUUCCUGAUGCCACUCCUCAAGUUAUACUGAAUCCGUAUCAGCAAAUUUUGCAAACACAGUUAUUACAGCAACAACAACAACAACAACAACAACAACAAAUUAUGCAGCAACGACAACAAAUUCUAGCACAACAACAACAACAACAACAACAACUAGUUCAACAGCAGGCUCUCCUGCAACAACAAAAAACACAAGCGACACAACAAACUAUAAAAAAACCAACAAGUCAAACACAGCAGUUGUAUAUAGAUGAGUACGGUCAAACGUAUACCCUUGAGGAAGAGACAUACAUAGUUGGUCCGUCCGGACAAAUACAGAAUAUUAGUUCAGGUAGCUCCUACAUACAGCAGCAGCAGCAACAGGGUACUCAAUAUCUGCAAUCUUCUUUGUUAUACCCGCAACAAAGGUUUUUAUAAGAAAUCUCUUAUUUCUUGGGUUUUUUUUUUAUAUUUAAUUUUUGUUUGUUUUUACUUCCAUACAACAGAAUAACAAGGCUUCUGUUCUAAAAAGGUUAAGUUAAAAAACAGAAGUUUAAACUUUGACCGCGAUGCUGCAAGCUGCGUUGUGAGAUAUUAGUUGUAUAUAAAACGGGCAUUAUAUUAUAUAUAUAUUAUAUAUAAAGUUUAUUUUUUUUACUGGACUCUUUCACGUGGAAGUUUUAUCAUAAGAAGCUUUACUGUCAUCGUAGCCUCGAAUUAAGCGAAGUUGGAAGAAAAUCCUUACUUCUGAAACUUCAGUUUUUGAACCUGCUAAUUUUAAUGGAAAAGUAUUGGUUCCUGUGGCGGUUUAGUUAUUUCUAAUAUCUAUAGACAAAAUGUGUCUUUUUUGAUGUCGUUCAUGCAUUAUAAAACUCUGCAACCAAGCUAUUCACAUUGUUCCUUGUGUCAGAUUUUUCGUCCAAUCGCAAGUCAGUAAUUGUAUAGUGAUAUAGCAAAAACGAUUUUUUUACUUUAAAAGAAAGUAUUUGAUAUUGUAUGUGAAUAGAGAUAUUUUGUAUAAAGACGUUCAAAACAAAUUUAUUAUAAGCUGUGAAUUUGAUCACACGUUUCACGUGUUCUGUUAUACGUUUGUGUGUGCGUGUGUGCGCUGCGAUGUGUGUCCGUGACAAAAAUGUGUAUUAAGAAUAUUUCGAUUUGUGAUCAACCUUUUACUCUGUUUUUAGUUUUUCUUCUUGUGUUUAGCUGUACAGAUAUGGCUCUUCAUUUUGCUACACUUGGCACGCAAGUUGAUGGAAUUAUAAUAUGGUUCAAAGGUUGACAACUUUGCGUGUCCUUCCAUUUACGAUAUUUAUUUAAUGUUUUGAAAACUCGCUGAUUUAGAUAACGUUUGUGUAUAAAGACAGUGCAGUAUAAUUUUUUGCAGUUAGACGGGUGUGGUUGACUUAAAGAAGAGAGAUUUGUUUUUUAUUGUUUAUUGUUAGUUUUUUUUGUGGCUUCUUUUACGUGCGUCUGUAGCCGUCGUUAGAAAUAUAGAACUUCGAAAGUU